AUGAGCGACAUUCAAAACGGAGAGCUCAUGAAGCGGGACCAGACCAGCCAAUCACCUACUGUGGCGGAUAGCACCACUACCACUGGGAACGGACACCUUACCGUCAGUCACGCGCUGCCUGUGACUAAUCGACCUGCCGUUUCCCGAUUAGACCUAGUGUACUCUAAGCAGGCGCGCUCAAGUCUUAGGCCGGAGACUGGAGUUGGACGUCUUCUUGCCCUGUUUCCCGACCCCUUCAACCAACAUCACGUCACUUCGUUUGGGAUCCCCAUCCAUAAAGUUGGGCGCAGCCCCAGAUCACACCACCUGUGUCCCGACUAUCAAACGUCUGCGACCACACAGCUGCGAGGCGAAGCCAGCAAUAUGCUUUUGGCAGCCGUGAACUUACCUGCCUCCCUCGACGACGUCAGAGUCAAGAAGCUUCCGCCGUCCUCUUACUACAUUGCGGACUUCAUAUCAGAGGAGGAGGAACGCUUAAUCUUACAAAAGAUAGCUGAGGCGCCGAAACCCCGCUGGAAGCAACUGACUCAUCGACGUCUCCAAACAUGGCCGUCCGAUCUCGUCAACAACAAGCUGAUCGAUGCUCCCUUGCCACAGUGGUUGCAAGAGCCUGUGAUCUCGCGAAUUCUUUCCUUACCUCUUGCCGCCGAUUCUGAUUCGUCCAAUCUCUUCGCUAGCAGUCCUCACAAACGACCGAAUCACGUGCUGAUAAACGAGUAUCCUUCGGGAGUAGGAAUCAUGCCGCAUAAGUUGAGUACAUGUCUUGGAGCAAGUCUGUGUCUGAACCUAUACCAAACCAAGGAGGAUGGUGCCAUGGACCCAGAGCCUGUGGGACGCAUUCUUCAGGAGCCCAGGAGUCUUCUCAUCACCACCGACGACCUCUAUACCGAUUACCUCCACGGCAUAGCCGAUGUCGAGGAGGACGUUGAGCUAUCUGCCGAGACGAUCGUGAAUUGGGACCUUUUGCGUUCGCAGGAUGACUUUUCUGCUGGCCGAAGCGCACGCGCGACCAGGACGAGUCUGACAUACCGGGACGUCAUGCAGGUGUCGAAACUUGGGGCCAAGUUUGGCUUGUUUGGAAAGAAGUGA